UAUACAGUAUGGCCCAUCUGUGAUUCCGUGUAGUCUAUGUGUUUCAGGGACUUUGGCUGUAGAGUUCAGUUCAGUCGCAUGACUUCUGUUUGUCGGUAUUUCCGGCGAACGGGAUAAUGGCUUACGCAUGUUAACGAUGACUACAAAAUUUAUCGAAUAAAGGGUUAUGAGCUGAACUUGUACCGCUGUGUUGGAUUUGCGUCACAUACGUACUUAAUAUACGAGUAAUUACGGUCGUCGGUACGAGAUGCUGUAAGCUUUUUGCAUUACAUUCGUUCCAGUUUCCACUGGUGCAUAGCACUUGCAUCGGUAUGAGUCAAGUAGCGUUUUUUAGCCGCAAUGAGUUAUGAUAUGACACUGUCUGUCACAGCUUCGCCGCCUUUCACUGAACCGCUACCGCUAAUUUACCAUACGCGCUAGUUCUAAAAUGACGUCAAUGUCUUUCCUGCAACUUAUCGUGAGAAAUCUUGUCCGUUUCUUUCUCUAGUUCGAUUAUAUCUGCGUCGAAACCGUCUAGUUCGACGUUCGUUUAUAUUAAUUUUGAUGCAGAAGUUUUCCGCAAAGGUCUUUUUUAUUCGUGCGGCUUUAUUAGGUGCUUUCUGUUCUUUUUAGUGUGAAAAUUGUUUCAGUGACUGUGAACCGUAUUGUAAUUGUUUUCUUAAUCGCGGUUGCAAAGUUUUAAAUCCUGACAUUCUGUUUUGUCCGUUCAUCCAUUCCGAUCUGCAAAUCUCCUCCUGCUUAUCCAGCUGAAGGACUUCCGCUUCCGUUUGGGAUUGCUUUAAGGUUCUCGAAGUUAACUCAGUUAACUUAACUGGUUAACUGUUAACAUGAUGUUAUUAUAUCGACGGCGACCCCCAUCGAGUCAGUGGAAAUGGAGUACACCGAGCGUAUCCUCAUUCUUUCUCAUUUGUCUAAUUCUGAGCUGUUUGGCGAUAUGGCCGUGCGACGGCAGGGGCGGUCGGGGUGGCGGUGGGGGGCCGUGGAGGGGGCAGCCGCGGGGGCGGAUCGCGAGGCUCGGGCGGGUGGGGAUCCAGCUCCAGUAGCAGCAGCGGUGGUUCGCGGUGGGGAUCUAGCAGUUCCAGCGGUUCCGGUUCGAGUCGCUGGGGAUCGUCCUCCUCCUCGUCGUCAUCGGGCUCAUCGCGGUGGGGAAGCAGUGCUCCUUCAGGAAAAUAUGGCUCAUCACGUCCGGCGUGGGCGAGCGGCACCACGUACCGUGCUCCCAGUAAAACCAUGUCCCGUGUGUCUUCCUCGUCGUCCUCCGCGGGUGUGGCGCGGCCCAGUUAUCCCCGUGCACAGGCCCGUGUUCCGGUGGCAUCACAGUCGUACGCUACGCGCGUGGUCUAUACACCCGUCUACACGAGCUACACGCCCUACCGGAAGGGAUAUAGUGGCACCAAUAUGGCCAUGUCCAUGAUUGGCGGAUACUACUUGGGUCGGAUGAUGUCGCGGCCAUGGGGCUACGGUGGAUAUGGUUACCCGUACUAUGGUGGAUAUUACGGCGGAAGUCCGUAUUACGGCUAUGUCCCCUAUCGCGAACGCUAUCAUGAUUACUUCACCACCACGAUGCCACCGGUUGUCAAUGGGUAUGGUGGGGAUUACAUGGAAAGGUGGAAUAGACGCAAGGUGUAUGAUCCUCUAACGGGCAUGCUGCGUGUGACAACACCGGCCCAGGCAAAGGACAUUGAUCUAUGCACGUUGGCGCGUUGGAAUCGGGAAUUGCCUUAUUCGGAAGUGCCUAACAUGGCCCUUCUCUUCCUAUCCAAUGAUACCGUUUCCGGCAAUACAACAGCAGAUAAAGCCAAAUUUGUCUAUGAAUUUUUCAAUGAACUGCCUCGUGCCUAUGCAUCAUACAACUCCAGCGGAGAUAUCUUCACCAUUCCUGCGGCGUAUGAUCUGAAGAAGUGCAAUAUUCAAAAUACGGAGGGUGCUGAUGUAACACAACCACCCGCAGCCAAUACUGUGGAAGAGCCGAUUUUGACAGCUGCUCGGAAUGUGAUCAAUUUGUAUUCGAAUGUCAGUAAAGUUCCAGAUAAUUUACCAGAUCUGGUGACUGCUGCCAGAGCCUGCAUACCACGCUCGGAUAAUAUCGCUCAUCCGGAAGUGCUGGCGUGUUUGGAUUUCUCUGUUACACCUGAUCAGCUCGUGUCUCUCAGUGAAGCUAAAUCCAUGUUUAGCAACGGUGAAAUCUGCAGGAAACAGCUGAAUCCAGACAUGCUGAAAUGCGUACCUUCCGGCGAUACGGCCACAUGCCGUCUGGAGCAUCUCGUGGCAUUGAAUCUCUUUGCACGCAAUUAUUACAUGUGCACCGCCGAGUUGGAAGAGGAAACGGCGCGGAGAAUUCGGGAGCGGACGGAAGAGGAAGCGUACUGGUAUGGCAAUGGAGCGAACAAUAAUUCUGCUUUUAUUUUAUUUACUCUUCUGACUGCUACAAUAACCAUCAUGAUGGAUGCCUUUUCGUUGAGGAGAUGACGCUAAAUUCAGCAAGCGGUUUUUCAUAACAUUGACCGCACACCGGUGGGGUCCGGGGAUGGACGAGGUUGUGGGCUGACGAUUUCUUCUGAAUGCGGAUAUCUCACAUUGAGACGCGCUGUUGUUCAACACACAAACUUUUAAAUGAUCAAAGUGUUCCUCUCGUACUACCGAAGCGUUCGACAAUGUCGCUGUAAUUUUUAUUGUUAUUGCUGAUUUCACGGCAUGUCAUUCUUGUUUUUAGUAUUGUCACAGACUUUAUGAUAUUGUGCACUUUUGAAGAUAUUUUUAUUGAUUGUUUUUUCUCUUCUGUUGUUUCGUUUAAAAAUUGUACAGUAAAAGAAAUGGUCUUUUACCGGUGAUGAUGGGUAACGAAACGAUACAACGUGAUCGAUCAAU